AUGGCGCCCAAGAACCAGCGAGACCUGUCUGGGUACCGCUACUCGGCGUUGUCCUCGCUGGUGCUUAGUGCUGGUCAUAGACAGGAUCAGAAUGAGCCUACGGGUGAAGCAGAAUCGCUUGUCGGCCGUAUCGACCCGAAGUCGAUGGGCUCUCGUGUCGUCAAAUCACAAGUACAAGAUGUCGAGAGGAAGCGUAAAGUCGCUGAAAGUGAUGACUACGGCAUGGUUAAAAAACGCAACUGGAAUCCUGGAACUGCCCAAUAUGCCAAUGUGCUGCAGGCAAGCGCAGAGCUUGAUGGGCUUCGAUAUAUACCGCGCACGGACGAGACGCGUUCUGUAUACGAGCUUGUUCUCACAAUGAUCCAAAGCGCGCUGGGUGACCAAACUACAGAGGUUGUGCGAUCAGCGGCUGAUACCGCUAUCGAGAUCCUCAAAGAUGAUAGUGUGCGCGAUUUGGACAAAAAGCGAGAAAUGGAGACCUUUUUGGGACCCCUACCUGAAGAAAAGUUUAGCCAAUACGUGAACCUAAGCAAGCAACUCACAGAUUACGAGGAAGAUACAAGUGCCCAUGCUGAGACAUCUACUGGUGUGGAUGACGAAGCUGGUGUGGCCGUUCUCUUCGACAACGAGGAAGAAGAGAGUAAUCCGGACGAAGAGACUUACGUGGUGCGUGAAGCGUCCGAUGACGAGGAUGAUCAAAAUAGCGAACGGAAUGAAGCUGCCGAAGAAAGAGAAAUUCAUGAUACCUCUGAUCUUGCCACGAAUGAAGAGGACCUCGUCCUCGGUGGCACAGCAGAGACCACCUCUUCCGACUUGGACGUCCACGAUAUCGAUGCGUAUUGGCUCCAGCGUAUCUUGAAUGAUUGCUACUCGGAUCCCGUUGAAUCAGGCGAAAAGACUGACGCUGCUUUAGAAAUUCUUGGAGCAGAGACUGAUAUACGUGAAUGUGAAAACAGCCUCAUGGCGCUUUUUGAUUAUGACCACUUUGAUGUGGUACAGACGCUGACAAAAAAUCGCGAUAUUGUGUAUUGGUGUACACGUUUAUCGCGAUCGAAUGAGGAUGAGCGCAUGGAUGUCGAAGUUGCUAUGCGAGAGAGGAAUGCAGGCUGGAUCUUGAAGCGCCUUGCUGGUGACGCAGCCAAGCCCGCGCUGGCCGCGGACGAACUUGAAGAGGCUAAACGUCAGGCGCACCGUCUUACAUCGCGAGCCACCCUUGCUCCUGGAUCGACGGCAGCGCCACGCCUGACGCUGGAUCUAGAAUCGAUGGCAUUCAGUGAAGGUGGGCAUUUGAACUCCAAUCCCAAAGUCCGUCUUCCCGCUGGUAGUUUCAAGCGAAGUAAGAAAGGCUACGAAGAAAUACACGUUCCCCCACCAGAGAAACGCUCAGUGUUGCCAGAAGAGCUUGUAUCGGUCAGACAGUUGCCCAGCUGGGCACAUGCUGCCUUUCCUAAUACAACAACGCUGAACCCUGUACAGUCUAAAUGCUACCCUGUUGCAUUCGGCAGUGAUGAGCCCAUGUUAUUGUGUGCACCUACUGGUGCCGGAAAAACAAAUGUGGCGAUGUUGACAAUCCUUCGUGAGCUCGGCAAGUGGCGUAAUGAAGACACAGGUGCGAUGGAUUUGACAGAGUGCAAGAUUGUGUAUGUUGCCCCUAUGAAAGCACUUGUCGCUGAACAAGCAAACCAUUUCCGCUCACGACUGGAACCUUUCGGAGUGGUGGUCAAUGAGCUCACCGGUGAUAGUCAACUUACAAAGGCACAGAUUGCAGAGACGCAUGUCAUUGUGACCACACCGGAAAAAUGGGACGUCAUAAGUCGAAAGAGCUCGGAUACAUCAUAUACAAAUCUUGUGCGACUUCUGAUUAUUGAUGAAGUGCACUUGCUUCACGAUGAUCGCGGACCGGUACUCGAAGCUAUUGUCGCACGCACAAUCCGCCGUAUGGAGCAGCUGAACGACCCUGUGCGGAUUGUCGGUCUCAGCGCUACGUUGCCGAAUUACCAGGAUGUCGCAGCCUUUUUGCGUGUGAAUACAGCAAGUGGCUUGUUGUACUUUGAAUCAAAUUAUCGACCCUGUCCCUUACGCCAGGAGUUUAUCGGACUGACAGAGACAAAGGCCAUCAAAAGGCUGCAACUCAUGAAUGAGGUGACGUACGACAAAGUCAUGGAGCAUGCGGGUAAGAACCAGAUCCUCAUAUUCACGCAUUCGCGGAAGGAGACAGCCAAGACAGCCAAGUUCUUACGCGACUCAGCUGAGGCUCGUGAGGCGCUUGAUGUAUUCUUACCUCAAACAGGAACCAGCCGUGAUGUCCUUCGUGAAGCUGCAGAAGACGCCCAAGACGCGAACUUGCGUGAUUUAUUGCAAUAUGGAUUCGGUAUCCACCAUGCGGGAAUGACACGCGCUGACCGAGAGCUGGUCGAAGAUCUAUUUGCUGGACGGCAUAUUCAGGUUCUUGUCAGUACUGCUACCCUUGCAUGGGGUGUGAACUUGCCUGCGCAUACGGUGAUCAUCAAAGGUACGCAGAUAUACAACCCCGAGAAGAGUCGCUGGUGUGAGCUUUCACCUCAAGAUAUGCUUCAAAUGCUGGGUCGUGCCGGUCGGCCCCAAUUUGAUACGGUGGGCGAAGGCAUUAUUAUCACGCAGUACUCAGAAUUGCAGUAUUACCUCUCGCUUCUGAAUCAACAGCUGCCGAUUGAAAGCCAAUUUGUCUCACGCUUGGCCGAUAAUCUCAACGCCGAAAUUGUUCUGGGUACGAUCCGGAACCGCGACGAGGCCGUGACUUGGCUCGGGUACACGUAUUUGUACGUUCGGAUGCUUCGUUCGCCUGCAUUGUACAGUGUGUCACCGGAUUAUACGGUGGAUGACCCGUUUCUUGAGCAAAAGCGGGCGGACAUCGCACACAGUGCUGCUGUUCUCUUAGAGAAAGCAGGAUUGUUGCGCUACGACCGCAGAACGGGCUUGUUUACAACGAAUGAGCUUGCGCGAAUUGCGGCGCACUAUUAUCUCACGCAUACAUCCAUGGGCACAUAUCAUAAACACUUGAAGUCUACGUCUAGUGCCAUCGAACUGCUGCGAAUCUUCAGCUACAGCGAUGAAUUCAAGCACCAGAUUGUGCGACAAGACGAAAAGUUGGAAAUUGGAAAACUGCGCGAACGUGUCCCGAUUCCGAUCAAAGAAGGGAUUGAUGAGCCCAGUGCCAAAAUCAAUGCUCUCCUCCAGACAUGGAUUUCUCAACUCUCUUUGGAGGGCUAUGCUCUCUCAGCGGAUAUGGUUUAUGUGACUCAAUCCGCCUCACGUAUUUUACGUGCGUUGGUCGAAAUUUGUGUGGUCCGUGGAUAUGCACGCACGAUGCGGUAUGCUCUGGACCUGGCCAAAAUGACGGAGCGUCGGCAAUGGGGCUCCAUGACUCCGUUGCGCCAAUUUCCCGGUGUUGCGCCGGACCUUAUUCGUCGUCUGGAACGCAAAGAAUUUCCUUGGGCCCGUUUGCGUGACCUUGAGCCAAAUGAAAUGGGUGAAUUGAUUGGCAUACCUCGUGCAGGUCGUCUUUUGCAUCGUCUCGUGUUCCAGUUCCCUCACCUGGAUCUACAGGCAUACUUCCAACCACUCACGCGUUCCUUACUGCAGGUGCACUUGACUAUCACGCCUGAUUUCGAAUGGGACGAUCGUAUUCAUGGCGGUGCGCAGAGUUUCUGGCUACUGGUGGAAGACGUGGAUGGCGAAGUGAUUUUAUUCUACGAUCAGUUUGUCCUGCUGCGACGCUACGCCACGGACGAACACACUGUGUCCUUCACCGUUGAGCUAACAGAUCCGCUUCCACCGAACUACUACAUUUCGUUGCUGAGUGACCGUUGGUUGCACAGUGAGGUUCGCCUUCCGAUUUCCUUCAAGCAUCUUAUAUUGCCGGACAAGUUCGCCCCGCCAACACCACUGCUAGACUUGCAGCCGCAGCCCUUGUCAGUGCUAGGCGCUGAAGCAGCUUCGCUGUAUGCAUUUGAUCACAUGAACAAGAUCCAGACGCAGGCAUUUCAUGCAUUGUAUGAAACAGACGAGAGUGUGCUUCUUGGUGCGCCUGUAGGAGCUGGCAAGACGUUUUGUGCCGAGCUCGCGCUAUGGCGCUUGUGGAACACUGGUGGCGGACGAGCUGUAUGCAUAUUGCCGUACGCUAGCAUGGUCCAACCACGUGUGCUGGCAUGGAAGGCACGGUUUCCAACAAAAGAGACAGUUGCGCUUGCCAGUGAGACGAGUACUAACCUGCGUCUACUCGAACAGGCCGAUGUUGUCGUUGCGACGCCCGAGCAAUGGGAUGUUUUGUCACGCCGCUGGCGCCAGCGCCGGAAUGUACAAAGUGUUGCGCUCUACAUAUUUGACGACUUGCACCUGCUGAGUGAUGCGUACGUUGGUCCGACGUAUGAAGUCGUAGGGUCACGAGCUCGUUUUGUGGCUGCUCAAACGGAGCGCCCAACUCGGUAUAUCGGUCUCACGGCUCCUCUGGCUAAUGCAACCGAUGUGGCUGGCUGGCUGGGUGCCACGCAGACGCUGUCAUUUGCACCCAGCGCACGACCUGUACCCAUGGAAGUGCACAUUCAACCAUUCAAUGUGCCACACUUCCCAUCAUUAAUGAUCGCGAUGGCAAAGCCUGCGUACCUUGCGAUCAUGGAGUAUGCGCCCUCACAGCCAGUGCUUUUGUUUGUACCAACGCGCAAGCAGACCAAGCUGACUGUCAAUGAUAUUUUGGCGUACGCACUUGCGGACAGUGAAUACGAGACGGGUGAAUCUCCAUUCCUGAAUAUGGAACGCGAAGAUUUGAAGCCACAUCUAGACCGUGUACAGGAUGAGGAGCUUGCUGAAGUUCUCACCUACGGUAUCGCAUUCUAUCACGAGGGCUUGAGUAAGGGCGAUCGACGCGUUGUCGAACGCUUGUUCAAUGCCGGAGCGAUCCAAGUGAUGGUAGCCAGUAAAGACACGGUAUGGAGCUUGCCCGUGCAAGCGCAUCUGGUACUCCUACUCUCUCUGCAAACGUAUGAGGGACGUGAGCACCGUUAUGUUGACUAUGCACUGACAGACAUGCUCGAAAUGGUAGGCAAGUGUACUUUGCCGGAUGAGAUGGGUCGCAGUCGAUGUAUGCUUUUUUGUCAGGCGAAUCGGAAGAAUUACUUUAAGAAAUUCUUGGCAGAAGGCAUGCCUUUGGAAAGCCGACUCGGUACAUAUACCCAAGACUUUUUGAACGCCGAAAUUGUGGCUCGAACGGUGCAAGACAAGCAAGGUGCAGUCGAUAUGCUAACAUGGACGCUCAUGUACCGUCGUCUGCCGAAAAAUCCUCAAGCGUAUGGAUGCCAAGGUCGCGAUAUGGAGCACAUUGGAGACUUUUUGUCAGAGCUCGUGGAAAACACACUGGUUGAUCUUGAACAAAGCAAAUGCGUUGCUGUGGAAAAUGACAUGGAUUUGAGUCCCCUCAACCUUGGUAUGAUUGCCAGUUUCUACAAUGUCAGCUAUGCGACCAUCGAUGUGUUCCACCUGUCUCUCUCGGGCACUACUAAGCUCCGUGGCAUGCUUGAGAUCGUGUCCUCAGCAUCGGAGUUUGAGACUGUGCCUAUUCGUCGCCAUGAAGAUGUGCUCCUUCGCCGCAUCUAUGAUCGAAUGCCACUCAAGCUCGAUAAGAUCCAAUUUGAAAAUCCAUUCCACAAGACAUUUGUUCUCCUUCAAGCACACUUUUCGCGCUUGACCCUGCCUGCGGAUUUGGCACAGGACCAGCGCGACAUUUUAAAUCGAGUCCUUACACUGCUUAAUGCCUGUGUUGAUGUCAUGAGUUCAGGAGCUAUGCUUAAUGCCAUCGUGGCUAUGGAAAUCAGUCACAUGUGUGUGCAAGCCGUGUGGGACCGUGACUCACCGCUGCGCCAAGUGCCCCACUUCACGGCUGCGACAAUUCAACGUUGCCAAGCCCGUGGUAUUCAUGACGUGUAUGCUCUUGCGGAUGUCCUACCAGAUAUGAGCCAGCAUGAGCGUGAUGAGCUUCUUCAGCUCAACAAACGGCAAUUGGCUGAUGUGGCAACCCUGACGAAUGAGUUCCCAUAUGUCGACAUUGAGUUUGACAUUUUAGACAAAGAAAAGCUGGACAGUGCCUCAACGAUUAUCCUACAAGCCAAGCUCGAGCGUGAUGUUGAUGAAGAAGAGGAGGAACCAUCUGAUCCCACCGCGAUUGCACCGUUCUACCCAUCGCCCAAGAUGACAGCAUGGUGGCUGGUGAUUGGUGAUCCCGGUACAAACAGCUUGCUCAGCAUCAAGCGUGUCACGAUUGCAAAAACUCUUGAUGUGCGCCUCGAAUUCAUGCUACCAGCAGGCAUGCAUGACAAGCUAAAACUAUAUCUCAUGUGUGACAGCUACAUUGGUGCGGAUCGCGAGUUGGAGGUACCUGCUCUGCAUGUCGCGCAAGGCGAAGAGGACGAGGAGCUCGAUGACGAAGAUAAUAUAGAGAUGCCCGAUGCUUAG